AUGGCUUUUAACAACUAUGGUUCUAACAAUUACCUCCUUUUGCAGAUUGAGUUUUUUCCUUAUUCGGUAUUUUACAUGUUCUUUGAGCAAUAUCUUGACAUAUGGAAGACAACAUUGCAUGAAGUUUGCCUACCUUCUGUGAUACAUAGAAACUUAAAGUCAACAAACAUUUUACUCGAUGAAGAGCUGAAUCCUCAUUUAUCAGACUGUGGUUUAGCCGCUGCCCUUACACCCAACACAGAGCGAGAGGUGGCAACACAGUUAGUUGGUUCGUUUGGUUAUAUCGCCCAUGAAUUCGCAUUGUCCGGCAUAUACACCGUAAAAAGUGACGUUUAUAGCUUUGGAGUGGUGAUGUUGGAGUUGUUGACCGUUCGGAAACCACUGGAAAGUUCAAGACCGCGGUCAGAACAAUCACUUGUAAGAUGGGCCACCCCUCAACUCCAGGACAUCGACUCCUUGGCCAAAAUGGUUGAUUAUACAUUAAUUAAUGAUAGUUUAAAUGAGCAUCUUAUGUUUCAAGAUUGUUCUUUUUUUGUUAAGUUGACAAGCCUUUUGAUUAUUUAUGAUUUUACUGCCUUGUAGUUUACAUUUGUUUCAUGUAUUAAUCAAAUUGGCACUUUGUUUCAUGUAUUAAUCAAUGGUGACGUUUGUGACAUUAUGUAUGAUUUUACUGCCUUUUAGUUUA